GCAGAGGGGGAAGCGAGCCCGGCGGGUGCUGCCGCUGCUGCUUCUGCCGCCGCUCGCUCCGGCCGCGUCUCCUGCUCCGCGGCGCUCGCCUCGCAUCCCGGCCGGUCGGGCCAGCAGAAGUGGCGCGCCGCUGCCGGGGUCUGGAUGGGCUGGCCAUGGAGCGGCACCGCCUGCUGAGCAGAGCGGGCGCUGCAGGGAGGCCGGUGCCGCCUUCUCGCCUCCUCCUCCUCCCGGAUCGAGUGCCCGGCGGGCGCGGGGGAGCCAUGGCGAGGCAAGUCGGAGGGAUCACCAGCGAGCCUUUCGCAUCGUCUUAGCGGCCUCCCCCGGAGCACCAAGACAGGCAGGCGGAUCCAGGCUCCACUCCCGGGGCGGUCGGUGGCGCACGCCGGAGGAGUAGUUGCUGCUGCUGCUGCUGCUGCUGCCGCCGCCGGACACCCGCUUCCCCCUAAAGGCGCAAUGCACUUUCCGAGCCACCGGCGGCUCAACACCCGCAUAAAGUUUGCCUGCUUCCCGGGCUCCGGCUGCGCUCCUCGCUUGGCUGCAGAGCGGAAACUCGCCCGGCUUGCGGAGGGGCCGAGGAGCCUCUGGCUUCCUGGGAUGAUGCGUUAACUUGGUGCAAAGGAGUCCCCUCCUCCUCCUCGUCCUCCCGCCCCCUCCAUCCCUGGCUUCGUAGAAGGAAUCCCGGGAAGCCUUUGUCUUGGACUGGCUCGCUGCUUCGUUCUGGAAGGACACGUGUCUCCUGGGGAGCGGGAAGAUGCUGGCAACCAUGGAAGCCAGGAAGAAACGCGCGUCCUUUUGAGCGUGGGCGGAGCUGCGGCAGGAGGCGCCCAUGCCGGACCCAGCAUCCCAGAGAGCAGCUAAGGGCAUCCUGGAGGGACCAGAAGAUGCCCCCUUUGCCCAGCAGGGGGAAGCCCUGGGGACUCUGAGCUAACCCUUCCCGCCUGCCCUUGGCACGCCAAAGCAUUCGCCUGUGAUGAGCAACAGUUGGCAGGGCUGGUCUCCUGCCCCAUCCCCUCACUGUCAGCAUGAAGGUUUUCCGCAGGAAGGCGCUGGUGCUCUGCUUGGGCUACGUGCUGCUGCUCCUUCUCACCAUGCUCAACCUGUUGGACUACAAGUGGCACAAGGGGCCGCAGCAGUGCAGCGAACCUUCCCUGGCCCGGCGCACUCCGUACCCGCAGCAGCUGCCUUAUUACACCUCCCAGUCCCGAUCGGACACUCGUGCUCUCUACGGGCCCCCCGGGCCCCCUGCCCGCAGGCGGCAGUUGGUAUACGUUUUCACCACCUGGCGUUCGGGAUCGUCCUUCUUUGGGGAGCUCUUUAACCAGAAUCCGGAAGUCUUCUUUCUUUAUGAGCCAGUGUGGCAUGUCUGGCAGAAACUUUACCCAGGCGAUGCUGUCUCCCUGCAGGGGGCGGCCAGGGACAUGCUGAGCUCCCUCUACCGCUGCGAUCUCUCUGUCUUCCAGCUCUAUAGCACGGGAGGGGCUGGGAAGAACCUCACCACUUUGGGCAUCUUUGGGGCAGCCACCAACAAGGUGAUUUGUUCGUUGCCCCUGUGCUCGGCCUACCACAAGGAAGUGGUUGGCAUGGUGGAUGACAAGGUGUGCAAGAAGUGCCCCCCGCAACAGCUUAGCCUCUUACAGGAAGAGUGCCUCAAGUACCACACCCUGGUCAUCAAAGGGGUGCGGGUCUUUGACCUGACUGUGUUGGCACCGCUCAUGCAGGACCCUUCCUUGGCUCUUAAAGUCAUCCACUUGGUCCGAGACCCCAGAGCCGUGGCUAGCUCAAGGAUCAAAUCCCGCCACGGGCUCAUCCGUGAGAGCUUGCAAGUCGUGAGGAGCAGAGACCCCCGCAUCCACCGCAUGCCCUUCCUGGAUGCUGGACACAAACUGAACAGCAAGAAGGAAGGUGGAGGCGGCUCAGACUACCAUGCCUUAGGGGCCAUGGAGGUGAUCUGCAGCAGCAUGGCGAAGACCCUGCAGACUGCCUUGCACCCACCUGACUGGCUCAAGGGUAACUACAUGGCUGUCCGCUAUGAGGACCUAGUGGUGGACCCCAUCAAGACUUUACGGCAGGUGUAUGGCUUUGUCAACCUGCUAGUUAGCCCCGAGAUGGCGAAGUUUGCCCUUAACAUGACCAGCGGGCCUGGGUACUCCUCCAAGCCCUUUGUCGUCUCUGCCAGGAAUGCUAGCCAGGCAGUGAAUGCUUGGAGGACAGCACUGAGCUUUCAGCAGAUUAAGCAAGUGGAGGAGUACUGCCGCCAGUCCAUGACCAUUCUAGGGUAUGAGAGAGCCAGCAGCCCCGAAGUGGUGAAGGACCUCAGCAAAACUUUGCUCAGGAAGCCAAGGUUGUGAAAGGGCUGAAAGCAUGACUGACAACUUUGCAGACUGCUGCAUUUGAAAUAGGGGAGAGAGUGCAGGAUGGGGAUCUAAAGGACACGCUGCCCAGGAAGGUAUUUAAAGCCUGGCUGGAGUUAGAGAUGUGAGCCAAAGGACUCUUGGCUCACAGCUUGGGGCUCACAGAUUGGAGAAACUUGCUGAUCAGGACCAGCUUAUAUUCCAUUUCCAUGUUUGUUUUUGUUGUUUACAUGUAAUAUUUGGCAAAUUGUAUUUUUGUAUUUUUAUGUGAGUGGCUUUGUGUGCCUUGGGGAAGAAUACAGCAUACAAAUGCUGCAAGUACAUAAAUAAGUAAAUAGUAAGAUUUGUAUUUAUCUUAUAAACACAGAAGCAUCUGAGCAACAAAAGAAAUGGCCUGUAUAUUUCACUCCUUCUAAUUCUAGCCUAUCCAGCAGAAGAAAAAAAAGAAAAAAAACAUUAAACAAUCAAUAGGCUAACAUAAGCAGUCAGUUAUAUUAAGAGACAACAAAGAAGAAAAGGCCAAAUACGGAAGAAAAAGUAGAAGAAAAGGGAAAGUGGGGUAAAAGAGAGAACCCAGACAAAACAUGGGGUCACUGCUCAAAACGAUAUAGAAAAUCUAAUGUGAGGAUGACAGGAAUAUUCUGCUCACUACAUUAUUUAUACCUCAACACAAAGAUCCAUCAAACUGCUAACCCAGAGGUCCACCAAGUGGGAAACAAAGAACACCUUUUGUGCUGUUACCCAGAUAGCUUAAUCAGGAUACCGACUUGUUUGGGAGCAUGGAUAUCAUUCUAUUAACAACCUUUGGAAAAGUUUUACCCACUGACAAUAUUUUUGAGGCCUGGACUUAAUUGCCUACCUAGCAGCCUACUUUUCUCCUUUUUUUUUUACCCAAGAGAAGAAGUGCCAUUAUUUAUUUAUUGCUCUUAUUUUUUGUAGCAAAUGAAAGUGGCAAGAAGAACAUUUUUGACAUUUUCUUUAUUUCUUGCACAGAAUUGUGCUGAGAGGUUCUGAGCCCCACCAGCAUGGUUUCCCCCCUGGCUGUACAGCUGAUAAGCAACUGACUUAAGUGAACUCCUUUCAUUGCUAAAUUCCUCAAGAUUCUUGACAAGUUUUGCUGCCCAUCUCUCAUUUUUUUCCAAAUUAUUUGAACAUUAUUUUUACAAAUUUAUUUACCUUGAAAUCCUAACUGUGGUGUGAGUUCCUGCCAGAAUGUGGCGUACUGAAGCUUGAGGUGAUUCUACCCUAGCUCCAAAUGUGACCAUUGCUACUACUGGUUACUCUUUCUGUUAAGACCUUCCCAGUUUACUAUAACCAGGUUUAUUUAAAUAACUUUAAACUUCCUAAUACAGCUAGAGACAGUCCCGAAAAAUCUCUGCUUGGCCCUGAAGCAACCAGCUAAUCAUAUACUGUAUACAAUCUAAUGCACAAAGAUGUUUAUAUCGAAUCCAGAAAUUCAGUGUCAUGUUUCACAUUUGUUUCUUGUCUAUUAGGAGCAACUCUGACUGCUUUCUUUGAACACUGCUUCAGUUCAUAUUUCAAUAAAAUGGCAUAGUUACUGCU